AAACGGUGAGUGAUUUUAAUUUAUUUUAGUUCAAAUGAGUCAGAACAGAUUUCUCCCAGUCUCCACUCUUACUCAUGAGCACUGAGACAGUGUCAUGCAUGAAUUCUGAGCACAAAGACCAGGCCAUUCCGCCCGUUCCUCCAUCCAGUCUCCUCACUUCCGGGUUUCGUAGUUGGGUAAUGUAGUUCAGGGCGGUUAUUGGCCAAAUACGCGACGCGCGAAACUUUUCACAUCCUCUGUCAACAACCGGUGUUUCACUUCAUCACACCUCACUUAGCUAACAGUGUCAGUAGUGUACUAAACAUUAUUCAUGCAGCCUUCGCGGCUUCCUCUUCUGCGGGGUUGUCGCCAUGGAAGGACGGUGCGUUGUUGAGACUUGGUCAGAGUUUGGCUUUUCAGGACCAUCGGACACACUGAAAGUCAGGUUUGGUUUUGGAGAGGAUGUGCUCGUCUGUACGGGCAGUGAUGAGGUUUACGUCUACGAUAGCAACCAGAGAAAACUGAAGGCUGUCCUCCAGUUGCCAGCCCCUGUGAGUGACCUGCUUGAGAGCCACGACAAGCAGCUCCUCUAUGUUGCAUGUAGCAGUGGCGUUUAUUGUGUCAGCGCACAGUUUCUGCAAGACAGGGUUAAAAGCUCCCCGGUCGAUGCAUCAUCCAGUCCAGCUGAGCUGAAAAUCUCCUCAGAAGCUGUAGUUGCUGAAGCAGACGGGGUGUCAUCUCUGCUCCUGGUUGACUCUGUGCUGCUGACCCUGUGCCAACGAGACGCGUCCUGGCUGUUGACCUUGUAUAGAACACCCGACCAAGCACGGCCCGGCAGCUAUGAGGUGCUCAGCUCCUUCAGUCUGCCCAUGGUUGAACUCGGCAACACUGAAUCGAAGACUGAACAGCGAAGGAGGCCCGUGCUUAUUUGUGUCCAUUGUGGUGAUGCAUCAGAAGCGCCUUCUGCUCACGGACACUUCCGCUUGGAGUCUGUACUCUUUAAACUCUUAUUUGGGAUUGAAGCUGCCCUGGCCAAAUCACCAGUUCUACUUUGCGGUUUUCCAGACGGACGGCUCUGUUUCCUCCCUCUGCGCGUCCCUGGAUCACAACUUCGAGUUCUGCACAGCCUUGAGGAGCCAGUCAUGUUUAUUGGAGCAUCUGCUGCCAUGGAAACGGGUCCAGGGCACGCACAGUGUUUGGUUGGAGUGGGUGAACAAGGCAGAGUGGUCGUGAUCCAGACUUACAAGGGAGGAGCAGAGGGAAAGGCCAGUGCGGCUCGUUUUACCGAGGGCUGUGUACCAGGGCCAGUGGCAUGUGGCUGCGUGGGUAAAAAGUGCUUGUACUACAGCACUGGAUCGGACCUGUUGGCGCUAGAUCUGUCAGAUGGGUCAUCUGGGACAGAAUGCAAAGAAAGCGAUGAAGGAAUAUCCACUAAAGCAGCUGCUGUCCUCCAACACCCCACCAGUUUAAAUGUGUGCAGGGUUGUUGCCUUGGCCGAGGCCACAUGCAGCGCUGCAGGUGACUCUCAUCUGCUGGCGCUCUCGGCCAGAGGGCAGCUCCAGAGGAUUCGCUUACCUGUGCAGAGAAACAAUGCGGAAUUGCCCAAGCUGCCUCAUAAUCAAGUGGGCCGCAGUGUGCGGGACCUCCUGUCCGCUAUUGGAGAUGUUUGUGAAAGAGCGUCAGCGCUGAAAACCGCCAUCAAAUCCAAAAGCCAAAUUCUGAGGCACCUGAAUCAGGUGGUCAACAUCAGUUUCUUGCUGGGAGCCAGUGCGAAUGCCGAAGGACACCUUCCCGUCGAGGAGAAGCCAAUCAGAUGUCGUGCCGUGACUAGUUGGAGCAGAUUGCUUCAGAAGGACUCCCUGAAUCUCACGUGUGUCCUGCAUAAUUCAAGCCCGUACGUCCUGGAACGAGGCUGGACCCUGAGCAUCACGGUGGUCCCUCUGUCCUGCUCUGCCGCCGCGGGAGGGGAAAGCUCCUGCACCAAUUUUUCAUUCCCGUUUUGCAAUCUCUAUCCUGAGGAAACCUUGGAAGUGUCGCUUCCCAUAGCGGCUUCAGGCGACACGUCUUUCCCGAUGACUGUGAACUGCUCACUCAUCUUCUCGCUCUCAAGUCUCCUGGGUGAGGAGGCGGAGGAGGAGGAGGAGGAGGCGGUGGGCUUUCUUUGCUCACAGAGUAGUUGUAUCAGUUUGCCUUUGAACACACUGACAGUAGACUGGUUACAUGCCCUGCAGGUGAACAGUCUCCCAGCCAACCAGAAAGUGAUUGUAUCGCAAUCAAGCGGCUUCACGAUAGACGCCAUCCAAGAUUUUUUAACGUCACGUCGGUUCAGGUGCAACGGAAGGCUUACGGACACCGGAGGAGAGAAUGCUUCAAAGCCCCAGACGUUUUCAGCAAGAGUACGGCUGUCGUCAGAGUUGCUGAGAGAGACGCUGGUGCCGAAAAGUUCGGAGACGGACGCGAGGCCGGCUCCUCGGAACCUCUGCCUCUCUCUGCUCGACUGGCUGCUGUCGGACAGUCCCGGGGGAGUGAAGACGGGGCACCACGCGGACGGGACGGCCUUGGGCGGCGAGGCGGUCCAUGCCCGCGGUCCAAAUGGAGCCACGGUGAAACUGGCCGCAAAGGAGAUAAAUCUAGGGGAGGGGGAGUCCAUUGGUGCAGUGGAGGUCCAGGUUGAGAGUUCGUCUGUGGCGGCGGUUUGUGGACUCCAUCAUGCUGUGCUGCGCCGGGUACAGACUCUGCCGCAGAGGGCUCCGGAGAAAGCUGCUCCCGUAAAGAGCGUGCAGACUUUAAGUUUAAGACAGGCACUGCAGCGGGCGGAGAUCCAGCAAAGUCGCAUCUCUGGAGCUUUCAGCGUGGGCGUUUCCACGGGGCAGGUGACCCAAUGUCUCCUCGGUGUUUACCGCGAACUCAGAGAAAAUCCUCUCCUCAUAAUGUAACACCUACGCAGCUCCUCGUAGCUUGACUUUGCAGCGGACACAUGUCCAUUCGUAGCCUGUAAAUAUAUCUUUGCGUCACAUUAUAAGACGGCCCUGCCAUUUUAUAAUGCUCACAAAGAUGAUGAUUAGUUGAUUACGUGACAACAAGACUAUAAAGCUAGAGAGCUCUCUUAAAGGUGGUUUACUGUCUGCAGAUGUGACAGACGUGUAGGUGUGACUGUGACAUAUGUGGCAUCUCCUGCUGUUUCUCAUUGGAGGUGACACGAGGACACAGUUAAACCGGCAUGUUUGAAUGAAAUGCAGUUUUGCAGCGAGCUGGUGCAUUUGUCCGCAAUUAAGUCGUGCAGAAGGUCAAGUUUUUCUACUGGAAAUGGAGGUUUCUUUGCUGGUCUGUGACGCCGUGCGCCGCAGCAUGGAUCUUCAGACACAGCGGUCAUUGGAAUUUAAAAAUGUUUGCAAAGGAAUAAAAGGAGCUGAUCUGUGAUGAUAGUCUAUAAAACACA